AUGUCUAAUAAUGAACCAAUAAGGUCAAAAUCCAUUACCCAUGUGUCUCAAAACAGUGAUUUGAAAAUCGAUUACAAUGGUAUACCAAGUCAAGCAUUAGAUGCCAUACGGAUGAGACUGGCACAGCUAAUCCAUUCUUUAAAAAGAAUAAGAGAUGAGCUAUCUAAGCCAGACCUACCACAACGUUACUCCCUACAAUCACAAUUAAACAUCACUUUGCAACAAUUAUUGUCUGUUACUUCAACACUAGAACAUUUUCACGAAUCAUUAGAUUCAACUGUAAUAUACCCACUCCCUCAAUUUCCAACAACUUCACAUGAAAACCUUUUGACCACACUUUUGAGAAAAAAGUAUACACCAGAAGUGGAUCAAUGGUUAGGAGAAUCUCGAGAAGCUGCAGAGGUUGAUAAUAGAUGGCUAACUGAAAGUAAAAUUAAAGACUUAUUAAAAACUGAUAAUAAUAUCACGGAAUGGGCAUUGGGGGUGUUUAAUAAAGAAUAUGAAAAGUAUAAUGCACGAAAUGAACUAGAUGUACAUCCUGACAAUUCUAAGAUGGCAGUUGAUGAGGAAGAUAAAUACAAUCAUUAUAAACCUACAAAACCAUUUAAAAUCGAAAAAAUUCUAUCGUACACUUUUAGGGGAGAACUUUAG